UGCAGGGCUGCGUUGCAUUGCCUGCCUUUUCUUCACGUUCAUUGAUACCUAGGUCCUCUAAGUUUCAGUAUUCUAGCUCAGCGAUGGCGGCAUUGUGCGUCAGACGUCCUUUCUAGACCACGUUCAGCCUGCAUCUCCUUGUUAUGGCACUCUCCAAGCUCCAUUAUGGGCACUUGCCUGUAGUAUCUCCUCCUAGCUGCCCAUGUAGUAACGUCUAUACCAAGACCCGUGCAAGUUGGAAUGUGUUUGCCCAAUUCCCCGUCACUACGCCUGGGCUUCUCUGCAUUUUGAAAAGCUGCAGCAAGGACGAGUCAACGCUGGUUGUUGAACACCAGCGAGGUCUGCAUUGGGGGCAGCGAAGCUGGUGCGCAGCUGCAGGGCGUCUUGCUGGGGAUACUGCAGUUCUGGUCGACACAAGGGAAACAGAUGGGUCACUUCAAGAGCUACAAUUGCCUCACAUUGAUGAUGGUACGCCGGAGUCUGAUCCCUUCAAGAAGGGGCAAAGUCGAGGGCGUGGAUCCCUGAAAGAGGCAUGGGAGAGGAAGCGCGCGCUGCGGCAGAGCCUGCGGGAGGCGGGCGUGCAAGCUGCGCCCACAGAGAAGCUGCUGCGCUCCACAAGAAGGGUAGGCGACCAUGCGCGGGCCAGGCUGCAAUUCUGGGAGCUGGAGGGACCCCACGUGGGGGCGGGGGGCGGGGCAGCGGUGGAGGGGCAUCCCUGGCUGCUGACGUGCGACUACCACGAGAUGCUGGCCAUCCGAGGCUGCCUGCUGGCGCAUGGGGUCUCCCUCCGCCGCAAUGCCAAGCUCCUGAAGUACGCCCUGGAACACGGGCCCAACAACGUGGAGCGCCUGUUGUUGCUGCUGGAGGAGCUGGGCGUGUCGGACAUCACUCGCGUGGUGCACACCUACCCCAGGCUGCUUGGGCUGCGGUCGGAGGACGUUGCGGCCAAGGUGGCGUUCUUGCGUGACCUGGGCUUGGACGCAUGUCGCUUGGGCCAGCUGUUCCAGUCCCAGCCGCGCUUCAUCUACCCCAGCCUCGCAACCAUGCAAAGCAAAGUGGCCUUCCUGGUGUCCAUGGGCUUCAGCCAGGCUCAAGCGGCGGUGGUCAUCUCGCGCUACCCCCUCGCUCUUGGCUGCGACCUGCACUCCCACUUCCCCCGCAUCCAGCAACUCUUCGAGGAGUACGGCUUCUCGCACGCCGACUUUCUGUACGUGGUGGAGCGGUCCCCGGGCGUGCUGCUGAGCCGCGUGGACGCCAACCUGCGGCCCAAGCUGGCCUUCUUCCGCGCGCGCGGCCUCUCCCCGCUGCAGCUGGUGGCCAUGGUCAAGGCCUACCCGACGCUGCUCGGGAAGAACCUGCACUCCGCGCUGCAGCCCAAGGUGGAGUACCUGGUGGGCCCGAUGGAGCGCGACAUCAGCGAGCUGGUGGUGUACGCGGCGGUGCUGGGGUACAGCAUGGCGCGGCUGCGGCGGCGGCAGGAGGCGGUGGCGCAGUACGGCAUCACGUGCAGCCUGUCCACCAUGCUCAGCCGCACCGACGCGCAGUUCGCGCAGUUCAUCGCGCGCGUCAGCCGGCAGACGUACGAGGCCAAGAUGGCGGGCGUGCGGCGCGUGCACCAGCAGCAGCAGCAGCAGCAGCCGCAGCGGCGGAGCGCGCUGGACCGGGUGGCGCUCGCGGACUUUGAGCUGCCCGUGUACAAGAUGCACCGCGGGGACGGCCAGCUCAAGUGGCCGGCACGGUAGCUGCACACUGCUUGGAUGCCGAGGACACGCGCCCCUUGUACAGACUCAUCUGCGUUGAACACGAGUUGACGGGAACAGAGCCCACUCUUAACGGUAGUUGCACGGCUUGUUGAGGACUGGGUUCCAUUUCUGCUUGAUGGCACUGAUAAAAAAGAAGAGCGUUUGCCAAGCCAACCAAAAGUCGCAAGCGGAGACGGGUUAGGUGACUGUACGCAAAAACGUGCAUGCUCCAACAAUCACAGUGAACGUGAUGAGAUCGAGCUAUAUGCUCAAGGCCGCUGUGAUCAUGAUAAAUUGACUUUUUCAUGACGCGUGAGAG